GUGGAUUCCAACUAGUGGCAAGCCUCAACCAUGGUGUUGGGACAUGUGCACCGCCAGGCCAUUCUGUAGCGCCAGACAUCGUCCGUCACCGACUGUGUUGAUCAUGUACUGCCAGUGUACCUACCGUGUGGAUAUAUGAUCAUCUUUACAUACUGGUGUGGCGUGGCCAAGUCUAGAUUAUGCCGUCCAUCGGCGGCUUACCGACCUAGAAGCCAUCUCAUGACUGUCUGUUGACGCUGGAUAGGGCUUUGCGUAGUAGUGGCUUUGGCUCUCCUCUUUCACCUCUUGUAGUUUCCAACCUCAAUUACAACAUUCACCAAGCCAAAGACAACCAAUCUCGGGAAAGAGCAUAACAAUGGGUGAAACAGACUUUAAAGGAAUCUAUUCGGAACCUUUGCUCGAGCAAGGCGACGGUAGUGAUUUGCAUUUGCCGCGCAAAGCAUCGUUUGCUGAACGAUACUUCAGAGCAUUGGUUGCCCUUUUGUCAUUGUCUCUCUUAACCAAUGUGUUUUUGUUUACGGUAAAACACCGUGAGAUCAAAGAUGGUCAUUCUUUAUAUGCUGGUCUACCAAUGGACAUGGAUGUGACGUUCGAAUGGGCGUCCGAAUAUGCCAACCCUAAUUUGACCGAAGCUGGAAAACUAUGGGAGGCAAUUGAUUUCGACGUGGGCAUGGUGGCACUGCCAAAUGAGUGGGCAGAGGAGAAGGAAUUGCCCCAAGCACAACCAUUCCCUUGGGAUCACGACCAGGGUCUGUACGUGCUCAAUGGGUACCAUGCACUACACUGUUUGAAAAAUAUUCAUCGGUCUAUCCGCGAAUAUGACGCUGGCAUGAAGCAAUCUCUUUCCACAAUGCACAUCACGCAUUGUCUGGACGCUCUUCGCAGCGACAUCAUCUGCCAGGCCGACGAUACCCCACGAUACACAACUAUUACCAAAUCACCCGAGAGUGCUGUUGGACAGGUGCGCAAAUGCCGCGACUGGAAGAAGCUCGAGGUAUGGGCCAAGGAACGGACAUCGUGCUACAACUACAUCAGCCACAAGGCCGACUUCAUCAACCAGUUCAAGCGCUUCCAGUUCUGUCCCAAGGACAGCCCAUAUUGGCCAGUUGUGAGAGAGCACUUUGGAAAGCCUGACACCUGGUUCGGUGAUGACUAUGACGAGGAAAUUGAGGGCGCUAGAACGCACAUGCAGUGAUG